AUGAAAUCCGGUGGAGUGAUGCCUCUCUCGCCACGGCAGAAGGAUGGGAAAGAUCGGAGCCCUCGAUCUCUUGAGGAUGAAUACGUCGUCUUCCUUCAAGGGAUUCCACCGCAAUGCCGCUGGCAGGAGUUGAAAGACUUUGUUCGCCAGACUGCAUUGCACAUCCGCCAAGCUGUGGUGUACGAUGAUUGUCACGGCCAUCCGACGGGCUUGGGUCAGAUCAUCGUAAAGAAUGAGGACGAAGCGUGGCGCACGUAUAACCGGCUGUCGACAAAUGGGUGGAACGGACAUAGCCUCACAGUGACGCUAUCACUAGCCAGCGAGCCGACGAGCCCGAUAGCAGGGCCAACGAAGAGCCCUUCGCUCGGCGGAAUGGCGUUUGGUUCAGGAUUCUCUGCCCCUCCGGUUACUUCAGCCGCCAUGGGGACGAGCCCGACAUGCGUUCCCAGCCAGGAUAUGCCCACAUCACCAACAUUUACUCAGCCACCAGACCAUCAACACCCACCAUACAUGGCGCCCUUGCCGAACGCCUGCCAUCCACAAUAUGUUCAAUUCCCGGAGUCAGUCGGGUACCACGUCCCCUUCGUCUUUCCCGGAGAGAAUGCCUUCUUUAUUCCCCAUCCUACAUUCUAUCCGUCAUCGUUUGAUUCGUACCAGUUCGGCCAGCCCCGAUACAUGGCGACGAAUGGCUGUAUCCAGGCCUACCCAAGCUUCUUCCCACAUCGACAUAGCGUCUCCGGCCCGGUAGGCGUCGCCUCUGGCAUGAACCACGAGUAUGGUGCCCCAAUUUCACGAAACAUUUUCAUCCACAACCUCAACCAUGAAACGACUCCACAGCUCCUGAAGGAGUACCUGCGCGCUGCAGGGGUUAUCGAACGAUGCGAUGUAUUCGACCGAAAGAUCGGCGGCAGCACCCGGACCUGCGCUAUAAUGGCCUUCCGAAAUAAAGAAGAAGCCAAACGAGCUAUUGCGCUGUUUGACAAUUCCAUAUUCAGGGGCUCGCGGAUACGAGUUCGUUUCGAUAGGGAGCGGGGUGGGAGUUUGGGGACAGCGCACGGCAACGGCAACGGACACAAUUUCAACGUCAAUAGAAACGGCAUGGCAAAGCAUGUUGUGCCGAUUGCCCCUGCAGCCGAACGUGCCGGCACCGCAAGGCAUGAAAAAAACAACAUGCCUCAUCCGAUAAUGACUUCUGAAACUCUGCCCAAGGAAGGGCAUAGGUCCGCAAGCGCAACACCAUCCCCGUCGCUAACAGCAGUAACACCUACAUCGACGAGUGACGAGGCGGAACCGAAGAGCGAAAGGAGCAGUUCCCGUAAGAAUAGCACUGAGCCAUUAGUUGUCAAUGGCUCCUGCGUUGUGCCAAAGAUUCCAGCCGCAGACGUCAAGGGAGGUUAG